UAGCUCCCAGCCUCUCUUUCAAGUACCUUGGAGUCCACAUUCAACUGCUCGAGUCGACAAGAUAUCAAUCCUCUGGAGUUGUUUGCUCGUAGGCCUGCCAACAACACGCCAGAAUUUGUAGGAAUAGUUUGAUAUAAAGAGAUUGAAGCGCCAUUACUUUGUAGUAUAAAGCUAUAGACGCUUUGGAAUAUUAACAGCGUUACCUCAACAUUCUUCCUUUUUUGGGAGUUCAGAUAUUACUCAAAAGGAGGAAAAAGAAGAGGUCGGUGUGAUGGCGCACAACUAUGACAAGGUGGUUGCUCUGAUCUCGAAGGAUCCCCAAGACAGGGACGGUCGGGAGGUUGAUCUCCUUAUACCAUGGUUCCAGAACAUGAGUGGACUCUUCAAAGCACAGAAGACAGAUGUAGUCAAAGAUAUCGUGAGAAACUGCGACUUUAUAUCCGUGCCUACAGAUACAGUCAUAAUCAGACAAGGAGGGAAGGGUGACUGCUUUUACAUCAUCCUGUCAGGCUCGGUGUCCGUGUUUAUCAACCAGGCUUUAGAGGACCAGGACAACGUGUCCAAAUCUCCACCGUCCCGGGCCAGGACUAGGAAAUCUAUACCAAAUACUAGACCAAAUACUAGACCAAGUACUCGAGUAAGAUCACCAGAAAAGGUGCCUCAAUCAAAAGAUCGUCCGUCGACCGCAAAGCAUAGCAAGUCAGCCGAAGACCAACACUCAUCGUCAUCCAGUGCGAAAAACGCCGGGGAAUCCGGCGACAACACCAGAAAGAGCCCAGCGGAGCGGGAUGAUAAGCGGGCAGACGACAGCAACCGAAUUUCUGGCGAUGGAAUUGGCGGGAAAGCAGACGGUGGUUCGGCGAAUGGGAUCGAAAUCAUCAUCGACGACGAUGCUUCCGAAAGCCAAGCGGAUAGCGGAUUGUCAUCAGAUGGAAUGCUAGUGGACGAAAAUGAUAACGAUGUCUACAAUAAUGGAAAUGAAAGUGAUAAUGACGACGACUAUGAUGACGACUUUGAUAGUGACUUCGAUUAUUCUUCUGAUGAAGACAACGAGGAUAUACUGAAACAGAAUACAACCAAGUUGGAAAGGUCACUCUUUGGAGUGCACAUCCGUGAAUUAGAGGCGGGAAAGUGCUUUGGAGAAUUGGCCCUCGUCCAGAAUAACCCUAUCCGGACUGCAUCCAUCAUAGCCAACCAACAGACCAACCUCAUCGUCAUCAACAGAGAGCUCUACAACCGAUGCCUCAAGGCAGCACAGCAACACGAGUUCAACCUCAAGAAGAACUUCGUCAACACCUUCCCUCUUUUCAGGAACUGGACACCACGUCAGCGUAGCGUGAUGACCAUGAGCUUGACCCGAUACCAGUACCAGUAUGGCAACACCAUGGCCAGGCAAGGAGCGCCUGUCAAGGGACUUCACUUCAUCACCCAAGGGAGCGCUAAGGUCUCAACAGACACUGUUCAGCACAUAACGCAGUACCCCAAGUUCUGCACAGAGAAAGACGUCCAGUUUGCAAAAGACGUGAAAACAGGAAGAGGAACACGGACCUCCCAUCCCGGAUCCAGCUCCUGGGAAUCGGGAAGCACUCGGCGAGGGGUCCAACACUGCGUCAGACGCAAGGAGACUUAUGCCGAGGCGGAGAAAGAUUUGAACUACAAGAACACCGACAUGUGUGUUAUCGGAGCCGGAGACUACAUAGGUGACUUUGAGGUUCUGCUGCGGCUACCUACCUACAGCUUCUCUGUCAAGUGCCUUCAAGGUGUGGAUACCUUUGAAUUGGACCUCAAUAACUUUGAGCGGCAGAUCGUCAAGAAGAGUCCGACCACGUAUGCGUUACUCAAAGAAACGGCAGAAACCAAACUGCGAGCAAGAGUCAAGCGACUAGUCAGGGACCAACAGAUCUAUAUGCCGGUCUUGGAGGCCAUGCUGAAUCGUCUGCAGAUGCUAAACAAACCCAACGGCUGGAAGAGCAAACCCAAAUACAAACUCGAUGUUGCGUCAACGUCAUCCAUCGGUAGCGUCAAAGUCGGCGGCGGAGAUGAAAUCGUCGGAGAAUACCGCGAAAAACAACGCCAAUUCCUGCGACGCAGACAGCGAGAGAAGCGGCUGGAGGAGAAGCGGAAUAUUCAGAUGGCGCACGCCUUCGGUCUCGGGCUGCAGCUUGAAAUGCAGAACAUGCCCAACAACAUGGUUAACUACGAAGGCAUUCCCGAUAUAGAUACGUCGACGAUCGAGCGCAAGGCAUCCGAUAUCUUCCCCGACGUUCCCUCCAACGUCAAACUCCGGGUGGAUCCAAUCACGGGACUGAUCCGCUCGACUGAGAUACGCGUUCCCCGGAAUGUAAUUUAUCAGAAGAACAACGGGAGUCAGCAGGGCGUCAUGAACACCAACGGGCAGCUUGUGGUACCGCGGUCGAAACGGCAACUUCUCAACGCUCUCGAAAACAAGGACAAGACUAACUUAGCUGUACCCAAAGAUGAAAGCAAGAAAGACCGACGUUUGAGAAGUCAAACGUUUAGUCCGGGAGUUUACCAGUCAGUUCACCUCAAAACAACGUCUUCGCUCACCAGUCUGAACGCACCCUCGAAGUCGGCUGGCAGACCUUUCUCUGGUAAAAGCUCUAACUCCUCACAUCAAGGACAUGCUCAUGCCUAUCGCCCCGUGUCUCGGUUGUCGGAUGCGCAAAGGACACAUUCCUCCUCGUUUUGAGAAAGGAGAAAAGUGCGGAACACGCGAACCUAUUUUAAUGAUAUCCAUACCUCAUAAGUAUAUGUUUAAAGAUUUGCAAUUAGCAGAUGUCAGGGGCGUCGUUAAGACAUUUGAAAGGGUUGUCAGAACGAUUAAAUUAGCCACAAACUUUGCAGGUAGAAUAUAUUUGGCAAAUAAGUAAUGAAAUGAAUUUGGGAUGGUACACAGCUUUAAACAUUUGCUAACAAAAGUACCAAGGGUUACAAAACAACCCACAUACAUAAUUAUGGAUUUGCCGAUAGAUUUCUUUAUCUCUUUUUUUUUUGGGGGGGGGGGGGGAGGG